GAACCCGCGUGUCAUUUUUUUAACAGAGUACAUGGAGCAGGGUGAUUUAAAUCAAUAUAUACGUGCGAGAUCUGGAUCUUAUCAUGCAGUUGCUGGUAGUUAUGGCAACUUACCUGACGGCAUUGAUUAUAAUCCUCCUGAACUUUCCUAUUAUAACCUUCUGCUCAUCACAAGUCAGGUUGCAGAAGGCGUGCAUUAUCUGUCGACGAAACGAUUUGUUCAUAGAGAUAUCGCAUCACGAAAUAUACUUGUAGGUAAAAAUUUACAGGUGAAGAUAUCGGAUUUCGGGUUGGCUCAUGAUAUUUAUGGCUCGGACUACUACAGAGUUGACAGUCAAAAGAUGCUUCCAUUAAGAUGGUUAUCACCGGAAGCUUUAACUUUGGGUAAAUUCACCAUCUAUUCAGAUAUUUGGGCGUUUGGCGUUACUAUGUGGGAGAUAUUCACGUACGGAAUGCAACCAUUUUACGGGUGUACUAAUGAAGAGGUCUGUCAGCGUAUAAGGUGUCAUAAAAAUUUAGAACGACCUUACUGUUGCCCACAAAAGGUUUACGAACUUAUGAAAUUGUGUUGGAAAUUUGAACCGACACAACGAAAAAAUUGUUCACACGUGUUCAACAUAAUCAAGACAUGGUUGGAUGAUCAAGAGUCGUUUAUAGGAGAGUCAUGGCAACGAUUACUUUUGCCUCCAUUACCCGAUCGUCGGCCGACGAUUAAAAAGGCAAAGUUAAAAUACUUAAACAUUCGAACUGAGGUGACAUUAUGAUGAUUCAGUGAUGUUUAUUCCUCUGAAUAAUCUUUCAUUAUACACUUAAAAAUAGAAUUAGACAGUUAAAAUUUAAUUUAUUGAAAUUUGUAUAAAUAUUCGCCCAA